AAAUACAUCCAUAUUUUUCCAAUAAAAAAUUAGUUGAGUUCUGCCAAUCAAUUGGAAUGUCAGUGACAGCAUAUGCACCCCUGGGAAAUGCAGGAAGAACUUGGAAAAAUGCAGGUGAACCACUCAUAUUUGAUGAACCAGUUUUGCAAGAAAUUUCAAAAGCAAAAGGAAAAUCUAUUACACAAGUCGUACUACGAUUUCAUCUUCAAAGAAAUUUGGUUGUUAUACCAAAAUCUGUCACACCUAGUAGAAUUAAGGAAAACUUUGAUGUAUUUAGUUUCAGUCUUACGGAUGAAGAAAUGCAGAAAAUAUGGUCAUUGAACAAAAAUCUACGUUUUUAUGGUGAACCUAUUGCCAAAGAUCACAAGUACUACGCAUUCCACGACGAGUUUUGAACACGUGAUCACAUUGAACUUAACUUUUUAUUUACUAGUUUAAGAUGUUUUUGUAAAAAUAAAUCAAUUACGCUUAUUAUAUAUAUUGGCUUGUC